CUGAACACCUACGCAGUUCUGACAUACAGCAGGCUCAUCGACACGGUAGCCUAGCCGUGGGUUUGGCUGCCGAGCCGCUGCCCGCGGCUGGGCCGGGCCGGCACAUUUCUGCGCGCUGUGGGAGGAGAAAGCGGCUGAGCGCUCCCCGCGCCGGAGAUGUGCGCGUUGGGCUGCGCGGGCUGGCGCUAGCUGCGGAGCGGCCGGCAGAGAGCUCCUGCGCGCCGCUGCCGCGGGGAGACAGGCUGCGGCCGGAGGGACAAGCUGGCGGGAUCAUGACAGAGCCAAGCAGCAGAAAGGAAGGGUUUAAAAAAUGCCGGAGUGCUACUUUCAGCAUCGAUGGCUAUAGCUUUACUAUUGUUGCAAAUGAGACAGGUGACAAAAAUGCAAGGCCACUUUCACGAUUUGCCCGGUCUAAAUCGCAGAACUGCUUGUGGAACACCAUUAUCGGUGGGCUGACUGGCAACCUCAAGGAAAGGCCAAAGCCCACCAUCAUCAGUGACCCUAGACCUCCUGAAGAGAUCCUAGCAGAUGAGCUACCACCUGUGGACAGUCCUGAGGCCCUGGUGAAAGCAUCUUUCAGGAGAAAAUACAAGAAAACAUCGCAAAGGUUGCGAUCUUUGGUAAAGCAGCUAGAGAGAGGGGAAGCUUCAGUUGUAGACCUAAAGAAAAACUUGGAAUAUGCUGCGACAGUCCUUGAGUCAGUAUACAUUGAUGAAACUAGGCGUUUACUGGACACAGAAGAUGAGCUCAGCGACAUCCAGUCUGACUCUGUGCCCUCAGAGGUCCGGGACUGGUUGGCUUCUACCUUCACACGGCAAAUGGGGAUGAUGCUCAAAAGGACUGAGGAGAAACCCCGGUUCAGGAGUAUUGUCCAUGCAGUACAAGCUGGGAUAUUUGUGGAAAGAAUGUACAGGCGGACAUCCAAUAUGGUCGGUUUGAGCUACCCACCAGCUGUAAUUGGAGUGCUAAAGAAUGUAGACAAGUGGUCCUUUGAUGUAUUUGCACUAAAUGAUGCCAGUGGAGAUCAUGCACUGAAAUUCAUUUUCUAUGAACUUCUCACGCGCUAUGAUCUGAUCAAUCGUUUCAAGAUCCCCAUUUCUGCCCUGGUGUCCUUUGUGGAAGCUCUGGAGGUUGGAUACAGCAAGCACAAAAAUCCUUAUCACAACCUAAUGCAUGCUGCAGAUGUGACGCAAACAGUCCAUUACCUCCUUUUCAAGACAGGCGUAGUGCACUGGCUGACAGAGCUGGAGAUCUUCGCUAUGAUCUUUGCAGCUGCUAUCCAUGAUUAUGAACACACAGGAACCACCAACAAUUUUCACAUCCAAACACGGUCAGACUCAGCCAUUCUAUAUAAUGACCGCUCUGUACUUGAAAAUCACCAUGUUAGUGCAGCAUAUCGUCUUUUACAAGAUGAUGAAGAGAUGAAUAUUUUGUCUAAUCUCUCAAAAGACGACUGGAGAGAGUUCAGGGCUCUGGUGAUUGAGAUGGUGUUAGCCACCGAUAUGUCCUGUCACUUCCAGCAAAUCAAAGCCAUGAAGAAUGCUUUGCAGCAGCCAGAAGGAAUUGACAAGCCGAAAGCCUUAUCACUAUUGUUGCAUACAGCAGAUAUCAGUCAUCCAGCCAAGGCCUGGGACCUCCAUCACCGCUGGACCAUGUCUCUGCUAGAGGAGUUCUUCAGACAGGGUGACAAAGAAGCAGAACUAGGGCUUCCCUUCUCUCCAUUGUGUGACCGCAAGUCAACUAUGGUUGCUCAGUCUCAAAUAGGUUUCAUCGAUUUCAUCGUGGAACCCACUUUUACUGUGCUGACUGACAUGACUGAGAAGAUUGUGACACCGCUCAUAGAUGAAGCUUCCCGUUCUGGCAUGUCCGGGUUCAGACGUUCCAGUCUGAAUAGCAUUAGUCCCUCUGAAGUUAAAAGAUCAAGUGUCAAGAGCACUGGGUCAGAAGGAAGUGCCUCACUCAACUGCUCCAUACUCACUGUGGACUUCAAAUGUUUUAAAGCCACCUGGACUGAGGUGGUGCAGCAGAACCGGGAAAAAUGGAAAGCACAAGCCACCAAAGAAGAAAAAGCUAAGAAAGAAGCAGAGGAAAGUGUUCAUCAGGGAACAGAUGAAAAGAAAACAGAUGAAAAGGAUGAGAAGCCAACUGAAGAUGCCACAGCAGCAAAGACAGAGAACAGCAAAGAGCCAAAUCCUGGGGAAAACAAAAGUGCAGAUUCCAAUGAGAAUUCCCACGUAAAUGGGACUGGGCAAACUGGAGUGACUAGACAUGAAGCCUCGCAAGGAAAAGGUGCUCCUAGGACAGAUAAGGGCACGGAUUCUCAUCACGCAACAAGAGAAGAGAAACAUGUCCAGAAUGGUGAAAGAAAGGAAGACAGUAUGGCAGACAAAAAAGAUCAAUCUAGUGUGGGAGAUGAAUCAAAGAAAACAGAUGAUACAGAAGAGUAAAAAUAUAUUAAAAAAAGAGACUGCAAAUUUCUUUCAUCAUUUUAGCCGAGCUUCUUCAUUCCUGUUCUCCUCCUCCUUCCGCAAAGACCAGUUUCUGGGGAAGGCGUUAAACAACUUCCAAAACACUCCUCCUCCCACUGGCUAUUUCACAGCUAAUGACUCUGGGUUCUAGGGUGGGGGGCAUUGGUUUUUUGGGUGAGAUUUAGUUUUCUUUGUUCAUGUAUGUGUGCAUUUAUUGUUGUUUUGGGAAGAUAUUUUGUUUUAAAAAAAUCUGGUGAUUUUCUGAUGCAAUUGGUUCAAUUUUAUGGACAGGUGGAGCACAUAGACGAGAGUUAUCUUCAGAAGCUGGUACUGCCCCUUGCUAUGCCUCAACUUGCGAAAUCACAACAUUAAGAUGUUGCAAAAGAACUUAAAAAAAUGAAAACGUAACAAUACUUCACUGCCCUUUUAUUCCUUUUCUUUUUCCCCAAGAGAUUUUUCCAGUUGUUGGUAGACAGAGCCUGACGUCCGCUUUACCCUUGCUGUAGAAGAUUGUAUGCAUAAGAAUGUUGAAUUUGUAGUCAGAUUGCCAUUUGUUAGGAUUUUGAGUUUAUCAUGGACAAUGCAACAAUAGCAAAAUGUUUUUGUUUCGAAACAAAAGUAGGCAGACUCACUCAACCUGUGAUUUUAUUGUGUUUUUGCAGUUAGUAACAGGAGAAAAAGAAUCAAUGAAAGUGAUAUUCCUUUGGGGCAAAUUUUGACAGCCUUUGAGAGUAUGUACUAAUGUACUGCUUGAGGUGCCUGACUUAACUUGGGAUUACAGAUAAUGAGCUGUUUCCCACAUCUGUUUGUUGGCUACUAGUAACCACUUUGUCUGGACUGAAGGUCUAAGAGAAGAAAGGCAGCGGGGAAUCACACAGAUCAAUUCUUACCUUCAUCUCAGUGUGAGACGUCUUUCAUCACUGACUGAAUGGACAGCCCAAAGGAAGGAAAAGCGUGGCUGCAGAAGUACAGACAGACAAAAACAAAAUGAAAAAGUGUGUCCUAAAUACACUCCUGGAGUCGGUGGAUAAUGCUGUCUCAUCCAGUAGAGUUAGACACAUGGACAGCAGCCAUCAUUUUGGCCUACUUUAGGGAAGAAAUGUUGAAAAACUUGCUCAGGCUUUGAUACAGGAGGGUAUAUUUUUAUGGGAAACAGCAAAUGUUUGUAAGUGUUUUUCUGCCUUAGAAUCUUAGUAAGGAUCCAUUUAACUGUGCGUAAUUUUACCUGUCUUUGUGGAAAUCAAGGCACACGUAUUUACACAUACAGUUGUUUUUGCCUCACUCUUUUAUUCAGGAUAAGGUUAUGCUGUGUUAGUCAUAAACGUUUUUCACAAGGAAUGGGACAGCUGUUGUGGCUUUUUGCUGUGUAGAGAACAUGUAAACAUUGGCUUAGGAAGGCAAUUCUUUGGUGUUUCAUACAGGACUUCACCACCAGCCUAUAUUAGAGGUUGGUUCUCUGUUCCUGCUUAAACUGUGUAUGUACAGGGCCGAGCUUCACGUAAAACUAGCAAAUAUCGCAGCAGUUAGCUCAGCCUAAAUCUGCAUUUAAACACAAGUACCUUCUCACUCAGGAGUGUUUGUAUUUGGGAUUUUUGUUACUGAGACUAGAGACAUUUUGAGUUCUUUUUUUGGACACCAGAGUUUAGUCAAAGCCAGAAACUUACAUUAGGUUCAUGCCAUGAAAAGGUAGCACUUAAAUCACAUUUUCAAAAGGAAGAUGUGAAAAAGUAACUCUUGCAGUUCUUAGAUCUCACCAUUGGCAUCACCAAAACAGCUCAUUUAAAUAAAAUAAAUAGGAGGGCACACAGUGCUCCCAGCAGCAAGCUCCUGCUUCAGCAGUAGCUCUGUGCAUAUCCUGAGGGAGAUUCUGUGAAAAAAGGAGUGCUGAAAAAAGGAGGUGGCACCGGGCACACUCUGUGCCGUGUGACAGGGAAAGGCUGUGUCACCUUGAAGCACUUUCCCACCUCUCCCUUCCUCCCACCAUCAGCAUUCAGCCCCAGUUCAGAGCGGUAGGCUGACUUCCAGCCUUGACCAGGCUCUUUGAAGGGACAUCACCUAUGAAAUACCAAUCCUGCAGAAAGAAACACCGCAGUAAUGACUCAGUCCCCACUGAGUCAGACUUCCUGGAGUCAGGGAGAACAUAUCCUGCCUGAGAGUUUGGUCAGAGGUGCAGGAUGGUUUAGUCAGUACUUUUAAAGUUGUCUUUACCUAACAUAUAGUGACUAAAGACACCUAGAUCCAUGCCCACUAGAAUAAUAAUAUAAUAAAAACUGAAUAUUUUUCUUCAUCUACUUUUGCUUUCUUUCUUUCUUUGUGGGACUGACUUCCUUCAGACAGCAAAGGAAGAUGGCUUAAUUCACAGCCGGUCAGUUCUUGUUUCUCAUGCGCUUGCACAGAGGUGGGAGAUCAGGCUAGAAGAGGUUUUUCCUGGGUUGCCAGGGUUAUUGGCCACUGGCAGGAGCUAGUAAAGAAGCAGUGGGUUUGCUGGCUCUUGAGACUGCAGAUCAGAAUGAGGUGCUGCUCUAGAAGAGAUGCUAUAGUCAGAGAAUUACUGAUCUCAGCACACAGGUGUGCGGGAAAACGUCUUGCAAUAUACAUGCAGGCAGUCGUAGCUAGCUCUAGUAUUUUCCUUCCCUUUUAAAAUCAUCUGAAUUUGGUACUGUGGAUUAGUAGUAUUUUUUCAAUUUUUUUUCCCUUGUCACUUAAAAAGAAAUUCCCCAUGAAAUCUAUUAGUCUGAAAAUGUAUAAAGUGAAAGUGAAAUCUGGGAAUUGACAUCCUACAAAGAGACUAGGCCAGAUGAAAGGAUGUGUCAUGGAGUCCCUUCCCAGAUCACACCUACGUUACUGUACCAGACUCCCUGCCUCCCUGGAACACUGCAGCAUUGUGCCAGUGCACUGUGAGCCAAGGAAUGGUAUGUUUAGACACCUCCCAGUUAGACUAGAGAUCAGACACUGCACUACUGUGUAAAAAAAAUAAACAUUCAAAAAGAAAACAACCACGCAGAAUUGCUUUCUCUUAUUUUAUUCCAUGAAAGAAAAAAGAGGAAAAAGAUUAGGUCUUUAUUAGCUAAUGGCAUGGUCUCUCUCUAUAAAAAGCAAGGAGGGAUUUCUGUUGUUGCGUCCUUACCUAAUUUUUGCCUGCAUGUAUGCCUUCAUUUUCCACCCUCGGAGCACACAAGUAAGGAAUAAGACAGAAAUACUGCAAAUAAAGGGCCCGUGCUGCUGGCUGCUGAAGUCCUAAGGAGGUCUUUGGGAGGCCCCUCAGGCAGGCGCAAAGGGAUCUCCUGGUGUGAGAGUGCAUCUGUCAGGGUGGUGCAGGCUGGGGCGCUGUGUGAUCGAGGUGGCACGCUUCUGCCUCUGCAUGAAGAUGGCUGGUGCUCACAGAAAGCUCUGCCUGCAGGAGGAGCACCAGGCAUCUCUUACAUCCCAGAAACCGUGGUGUGAUGCCAGAGGAUGAAUUCAGGCACCUCCCCUCUUAAGACAGGGGGGACACUGUUGCAGGUAGACCUGCCAGUGUUCUCCACUUUAUCUGGAGCUGGCGUUCAGGGAAUUAGCAGACCUUUGGCUCGUGCUGAUGUAGUAGUGCUUGAACUCGUGGACACUAUAAUUUAAAAAAAAGGAAAAAAGAUUUUUAUUACUAAUCUGUUCAUUAUUUAAGUGGCUCAAAGGGUGAAGGGUGGCAGUUCUCUGAGCUGCACUUAGUGGAUGAUUUGAAUUAUUUGUUUGUGUGACAGCGUGCAAAAAGUGUUCACACAUGAAAGAAUGGGGUUUGUUUACCUUUUUUAAUGACAAAGCCUGUGAGGUACUCUCUAGCUUUCCUUACAAACGACACAACUUUUCUUUUUCAAGUUAUGUGGUCAGAUUUUUGUGUUUCCUUAUAAAGAUGAUGUAUGUUACCGUUGUUUUCCAUGUUAGAGAAACAAGAUCGAUGCCAGAAGUCUUUUUUUUUCUUUUUUUUUUAUCUGUUGGUGGCAAAGUAGGUGUCAGAAGAAAAAAGGAAAUGUUGCUGUGUUAGAUUUAAAAUGUAUUUCACAGUAGUCAAUCUAAGCAGGCUGAUGCUUAUCUGAAAGUGCAGCCUUUUGUAUAGCUUCAGCUGUUAUAUAUACUCCCCAUGUAUUAAUACAGUAGAAUGUUUAGCAGCAGAAUGAAUCUGAAUUCUGGGAGCUUGGUUCCUGAUGGGUAAAUGAGAGAAGAAAAUUCCUUUUUUUCUCAGUGUUGCUUUUUUCAAACAUAAAUUUUGUGAUUGGAGAGCAAUUUUCCAAAAGUGGUUGGUUAUGCCAGAGAAAAAUGGCAUCGUGUUGCGUUUUUACAACCUACUAUUUGAAUAUGCAAAUACUUGCAUAUGUACAUACAAAGUCUUAGAAGAUCAAUCUGGAAGCAAAAUGGUUUCAAGCUACGUAGGAUGCAGUGCUGUGUGGAAAGCUGCUUUGGAAGGCAACAGGCACUUCCACUGUUAGUCCUUGCGAAUUCUGCAGUGGGUCUGGUUUUAAAUUAAAAAGCAUCAUAAUCCAUUCAAAUUGGAAAUGAUGGAAACUGACAAGGACAAUACUUUUGUAGCCUCAACUAGAAUUAACUAGCCCGUCUUUAGAAAUUAAUGAGAUGGUCUGAAAUAUUCUGUAUUGGCUUCUUUCUUCUCCCAGCUUAUUUCAUAAUAAUGCAGCUCAUCCUCCUUUGAUGAUACGUAUUGUAUGUUUGCCAGUUACGCUCAGCAAAUGACAGCAUAAUCAAGUGCUUCUCUUUCACUCUUUUGAUCCACCACCUCACCCAAUAAUUAAGAACAACAUAGCCAUUGCUAGCGCACAUGCUGGACCAGUGCUGCUCUAGCUCAGAGGCGAUGUUUGAGUGUAAGCACUCCGAAAUGGGAACUCCCUUGCUGAUGACAAGAGUGAGCCCUGACAACACAGACUGUGCAAACUGCCAGCUGGAUCUUGCCAGGUAGGAGGGAGGGGAAAAUGCUUUUGUAUUUCAGGGUGCAAAGUCUGCUCCCUCCAAAGGAGGUGCAGAGCUCUGCCCUGUGACAUCAGCAGGUGUGUCUCAUUCCUGGUUUGAUCGCAAGUGUACAUCCUAAUGCAGUGCUCACUUUGCUUCCAUAGGCACAGGGGUUUUGCCAUUCCAGUCAGCCCUCUCCCUGUCUGUUUGCUAUCAUAGAAGUAGAACCACUGCUGAUGCUACCAUUUUCUGUUAGAAAAGAACACGGGCCAUGCACCUCCGUUUUCUGAGCCUGCCCUCUCUUUGUCCUAGUGUCUGCUUUUCACCGUGAGCAAGCAUGGAGAGUUCUCACCCCUGCCCAGGCAGGACUGUAGCACACAUUAUCAGCCCUCUGUGCCUCCUUCACAGCAUCAGCUCUUUCUUCCCUGGCAACUUGAGCAUGGAGUAGAAGCAAAUGGCACUGCUGCCAGAGCAGCUGGUUCAGGACUUGCAGCCAUCAUGGCUUCCCAGCCCAGAGCUCAGUUUUAGUGGAUUGACCCUGAUGCUGAAGCUCAUGACAGAACUCACAAACCUCACAACACUCUCAUUCUGUCUUCUUUUUUUCUUUUCCUAAUACAUAUGUGUCACUGCUGUGUACUCAUUGCAACCCAGGUUUAAAGCUAUCCAGUGGUAGGAGGAAUGUACAUAUCCCAUUGUCUCUGCUGGUGGUUGUAGGAGUGCAUCCAUCAGACGAAACUACUUAUGGCCAUUGAGGUUUUCUAAGGAUAAAGCCUAGCAGUAGAAUGACAGGGUGAGCUUUUUUCCUUUUCCUCUUGCUUGGAUGAUAUUUUUAUACAAUUUUAUACGCAAUUUUUUAAAAUAUCUGCUAUUUUUAUUGUUGGGUUCUGGUUGGAGUUUUACCAGAACUUCUGGUUGUCUGCAGGCCCAGAUUCUCACAAGAAUGUUUUCCUUCCCUUUUCUCUUUCCCCUUCUUCUCUGAUUGACAAAAGCCAUUGUGUUUGCAACAUCAGCUUUGAGCAAAAUAGCACCUAGGCCUGAUCACUCUUUUAGUUGCACUGGAAUCAAAGGAAGUUGCAUGCAAAGUCGUGCUGGUCCCUCUGCAGCAUCAGAGGCCAGAGACUAAAUAACCACAACCUCUAAGAACUCAUUAAAUGCAGGGUGGUUCUGCACCAGCGUAGUGCUUUCUUCCCUUGCUGUGGUAGGAGCUGCUUCCACCAAGACAUGUUUAAAAAAGACAGUAAAGCUCUUGUUGUUACUAUGAUGCUCUUUUUGUGCAGCCAAGUGAAUGUGCAGGCACCUCCAUCACAAGCAUCCUCAGCACCGGCUAUCUUCAGCAGGGAGGAGGGGUGAAUAUGAGGGCUUAUCGACCAUGCAGAUUUCCCUGCUCUGUGGUUAACACUUCAGUGACAGGUCCUACAUGAAGUUAAGAAACAUCCAACUUAUUGGUAAGAGGGAUAAGGGGAGAUUAACCAAAUUCAAGGAUCUUGGUCUUGUAAAACAACUUUAGCUCAGCUGGCAUUCUGCAGGGAAUUCUAUGUAUGAAGCUUGAACAUAAACUUUAGAGUAUGUUUAUAUUAGCAGAACUGAUAAUGGAGAUGUCCUUUUUGAACUAAACUACAAUAACCAGUAGACACCUGUUCUCUAAUCUUGUCCAAGGAAGAGAGGCAGGUUGUUAUGCUCUUUUGCACCGGGGUAUGGAAAACAAAUUAAAAUCCAUGCCGAAAGCAAAACUCAACACAUUUGCUCCUGGGACUGGGUGGGUAGGGUGAUGAAAAAAACUAUUUGGUUUGAUAAGACUCAUGGGGAAAAAAAAUGCAAAACUGAAAUGAAUCAUGCCAUGUAAUGCAAGUAUUCUCGACUGUUCUGAGAAUAAUUUUAAACAAUAUGUAUUUAUUUUUAGUUCGAUAUUUGAAAGAAGAGGCUUGUGGUCUCUUAUGUACAGAGCAUUUUUCAACAUUCCAGUUUUUCUGUAACUGAGUCCAUGUAUAUUCAUCCUAUUACCAAAUAAAAAUGAUGAGGUCUCCACUCCAUUUGAAUUAAA